AUGCACUUCACCGCCACCGCCAUCCUCGCCUUCACCCUCCUCACCACCACCUCCCUCACCACCGCCAUCCCCACCUCCACCUCCACCGGCAACGCCAAACGCCAAGCCCCCCUCCCCUGCAGCGGCGCCUCCGCCACCCCAAACUGCUGCGCCGUCAACGUCCUCAGCCUCGCGGACCUGCAGUGCGCCGACCCUCCCACGUUGCCGACCGACGUGGCCAACUUCACGCAGAUCUGCGCGGAUGUCGGACAGGAGGCGCAGUGCUGCACGCUUGAUCUUGUGAGUUCUUGUCUAUCCUACGUUGCGGCUGUUGGGUCAGGGUCUGUUGUGCUCUGCGCCGCAGGGAUGAUGAUGAUGAUGAUGAUGAUGAAAGCCGUACCGUAUUGGUCGCCGAGUGGUGAUGAGGACGGGAAAAGUUGGUCGAUGGGGAAUAGGGAGUGGGAGAAUGCAUAUGGUAAUGAGCGCGUAUGA